UAGGUAGAGUUGACAUUAGAGAGGUUUGCGGAGGACUUCCUGUGUUGUGGUUCCCGGAACAUUUCAAACACUUGUGAUUUCUCUGCUUCUUGUUCAUCCUAUACGUUCAUGUUUCAUCAAUAGAGGAUUGAAGGGCAUCAUUGAAAUACACAUUUUUUUCUUUAUCUUUUCACAUUAAGUUAUCAGCUUUUGGGUUCUUUAGCCCUAGCUGCAUGGCCCCUCCCCCACUGUGUGCCUUUGCUGCAUGGAGCUCGGAGCAUCAGUUCUCAUGGCAGCUUCUCGGAAGGUACUGUGGAGGUUCGUUUCUGGAACCUUGGGAAUAAUUUGUCUGUUGCUGAUGACUACUUUGGGAAUUGUAAUGAAAAAUGUAUUUUCUAAGCCAAGUAAUCAGUCAACAUUCUCUCCAGAAGUCACGAUAGAACUCCAGGAAGGCUCUGGCUGCUGUUCCUGUCCAGACAAGUGGAUUGGGCAUCAGUGCAACUGUUACUUCUUUUCUGAUCAAGCGAAAACCUGGAGAGAAAGUGGGCAUCUCUGUGGUAUUCAGAACUCCAGUCUACUUAAGCUCCAAAGCAAAGAUGAAUUGAGGUUUAUGAGCUCAAAUCAAGACUUUUACUGGAUUGGACUCUCCUAUCAGGAAGAAUACAGUGCGUGGCUUUGGGAGGAUGGUUCUGCUGUCUCCCAGGAUCUAUUUCAAAUGUUUCAAAGUUUGACUCCAAAGGACUGUGUUGUGUAUGCUCCAUCCAAAGUUGUUUUGAAUGAAAACUGCGAAAAGAGUUAUCCUUAUAUCUGUAAGAAACGACUUAUUUAA